AUGGCGGUGGACAUCACACUGCUGUUCAGGGCCAGCGUCAAGACCGUGAAGACGCGCAACAAAGCACUGGGAGUGGCAGUGGGCGGCGGGGUGGAGGGCAGCCGCGACGAGCUGUUUCGCCGGAGCCCCAGGCCCAAGGGCGACUUCUCCAGCCGAGCGCGCGAAGUGAUUUCGCACAUUGGCAAGCUGAGGGAUUUUCUUCUGGAACACAGAAAAGAUUAUAUUAAUGCUUAUAGUCAUGCCAUGUCUGAAUACGGGAGAAUGACAGACCCAGAGCGAGACCAGAUAGACCAGGACGCUCAGACCUUCAUGAGGACCUGCUCAGAAGCGAUCCAGCAACUGAGAAUUCAAGCCCACAAGGAGAUACACUCUCAGCAAGUGAAGGAGCACAGGACUGCCGUUUUGGAUUUCGUUGAAGAUUACUUAAAAAGAGUGUGUAAACUUUACUCAGAACAAAGAGCCAUCCGAGUCAAGCGAGUGGUGGACAAGAAAAGAUUGUCUAAACUAGAACCAGAACCACACGCAAAGACAAGAGAAUCCAUGUCUUCUGAGAAAGUUUCACAGAGCCCAUCAAAAGACUCUGAAGAAAAACCUGUCCCUGAAGAAUAUGCAGAAAAGAUUCCAGUCGAAGCACAACCUGAAUUGGGAAACUGGGGAGACGGCAAAGGUGAAGAUGAAUUAUCCCCAGAAGAAAUACAAAUGUUUGAACAAGAAAAUCAGCGCCUGAUUGGUGAAAUGAACAGUCUGUUUGACGAAGUGAGGCAAAUCGAAGGGAAAGUGGUUGAAAUCUCCAGACUCCAAGAGAUCUUCACAGAGAAGGUUUUACAGCAGGAAGCCGAGAUUGACAGUAUCCACCAGUUAGUAGUUGGAGCAACUGAGAAUAUCAAGGAGGGCAAUGAAGACAUCAGAGAGGCCAUCAAGAACAACGCCGGCUUCCGGGUGUGGGUGCUCUUCUUCCUGGUGAUGUGCUCCUUCUCCCUGCUCUUCCUUGACUGGUAUGACAGCUAG